GGGAUCUCCCGAGUUCUUGCUAAUUCCGCAGAAUCGUGGGAACAGGGUCCUUGGUCGGAAAAUCCUACCGGACUUAUUUUGCGGAUGCUUCUAUUAUAUUAAAUCAUUGUCUGAUGCGGAGUAAAAAACGGUUUAAAUGUUAUAUUUGUUAGUAAUUAUAAAAGGCCUUAUCAGUGCGGAUAAUCUUGAUCUCGUGGCCAUAUACUCGAGCGGGUUAAGUAUUCAGCCAGUAAAGACGGCCGCGCGGUUGCGUACGCUUGGCGUUUGCCAUAAGACGCGCGAAAACUUUAAAAACUCCUAAAAUUUCAAAGAAAAUAUUUAGCUAUUUUUUUGUGGCUUGUUUUCUAGUUAACGUAUAAUUGUUUCGGUAGUUUUUAUUAAUUUACGUUAAAAGUAUGGUAUUCAUUAAAGAACAGGUACAAUAUCAAACUAAAGUCGUGUAACAACAAAGUUUUUAUUAAAACGGUGAUUUCAAAAUGAAACUAUUCUAAUAUAAACCUUAUAGUGCAAUAAACUGAAGUGCAAUGUGUGAAGUGAAGAAGUCCAGUAGCAUGUCGAAGACCGAGAAGGGAGGCAAGGAAGUGUUACCGAAGCCAGGAGAGACGUGGCGGAUCGUGAAGAAUGUUGUUAUCAUUAGCGUGGCGUUCAUGCUGCAUUUUACGGCUUACAGUGGGGCAGCCAAUCUCCAGAGCUCAAUCAACGCCGAGGCGGGGCUGGGUACCGCGUCACUGGCGGCCGUGUACGCGGGUCUCAUCUUCUCAAACAUCUUCCUGCCCGUGCCUGUUAUCAAAUGGAUGGGCACGAAGUGGGCGAUGUCUCUGUCGUUCAUAACGUACAUGCCAUACAUGGCGGCGCAGCUGUGGCCGCGGUUCUACACCAUGAUACCCGCCGGCCUGAUGGUGGGAUUGGGCGGCGGGCCGCUGUGGUGUGCCAAAUGCACGUACAUCUCUGUGGUGUCAGAGGUGCACAGCAAAAUAUCCAACAUUCCUGCCGAGGCACUCCUGGUACGUUUCCUGGGGCUGUUCUUCAUGAUCUUCCAGAUGAACCAGGUGUGGGGCAACCUCAUAUCUUCGCUCGUACUAUCAUCGUCCGAUAAUGCGGCGGCAGUGACAGCCGUGAACGAGACGAUGAUCCCGGUACUGUGCGGAGCUAACUUCCUGCCUAGCGCCGAUGCGGGCGAGGCGUUGCAAGCGCAGCCACAAGCGAAGAUACAGACCAUCGCCGGUAUUUAUCUCGCGUGCAUGGCCGGGGCGGCAUUGAUUGUUGCCGUCGGUGUGGAUUCUAUGAAGAGAUACGACACGGGUCGCAGCGGCUCUGGAGAAGGAAAAUCCGGCCUAGAACUCUUGGCUGUGACGCUUCGGCUAUUGGUGGAACCGAACCAGCUGCUCCUCAUCAUAAUUAAUAUCUUCAUAGGAAUGCAGCAGGCUUUCUUCGGCGCAGACUUUACUGCGUCGUUCGUGUCAUGCGCCAUCGGCACGGGCACGGUGGGGUUCGUCAUGAUGGUGUUCGGCCUGUCGGACGCCAUCGGCUGCGUCGUCACUGGGUACUUGGCUAAGAUUUCAGGACGCAUACCUCUGAUUAUCGGAGCGACAAUUGUUCACACUGGACUGCUGGCAACAUUGCUGGCGUGGCAAGUGCAGGCGGGCUCGGGCUACGUCAUGUACGCGAUCGCCGUGCUGUGGGGCCUGGCUGACUCUGUGUGGAUGGUGCAGAUCAACGCGUACUACGGUAUCCUCUUCCCCGGUCGCGAGGAAGCCGCCUUCUCCAAUUUCCGUCUCUGGGAGUCCGUAGGUUACAUCAUCGCCUACAUCAUCUCGCCCUACCUCCGGACCAGCGCCAAGACUUGGUUACUAUUCGUCAUGAUGGUGGUCGGAGUAGCGGGCUACUUCACCGUCGAGUGUAAAGAGAGCAGGGUUCAGAAGAAACUCGUAGAAAAGGAGAAGGAAUUGGGAUGUGAAAAGGGUUGUGAUAAUAUAGCUUUUCAGAGUAUUGAGAGGUUUUGAUUGAUGCUAUUUAAUCGUGUAAAAUUCGUCUUAGAAAGUUCUCAUCUUUAAGAUUCGCGUAAAAUUUAAAAACCUUACAACCUAAUCGAGUCAAAGCUCUAGUUCGUAUUCAAUUUUUAGUCUUGAGACUUUUUAGGGAAUUUCUUUGAAAAGGAAACACAAAAUUUACAAGGUUAUUUUAAUAUGCAUAUUGUGGCCAUACAAUUGAUGGUAAAUUGGUAAAAUUGGUAAUGUAUUAGACUCGAAAGAGACUAGAGACCAUGCGUCAAGUUUUUAUUUAAACUGAAGACUCUAGAUCAGGGGUUUCCAAACUGUUUACCUGAGGGCUACGGCCAGGAUUUUGGCUCUGAUGCUUUCCUUUUUGCGGGCCGGAUUGUAUGGCCUUUGUCUAUAUCUAUAUAAGCAAGGGCUCGCGGAAUCGAUGAGGCCCUCGGGCCCUAGUUUGGAGACCCUUGCCCUAGAAUAUAGAGCUUAGACGUUGAAGUUAAGUGAUAUUGUAAAUAGAAAUAUAUUAAUUAAAUAAUUAGUCGAUGUUAGUUAUGCGUAAUACACGUAUUGCGGGCGAUACAGUAUUUUAAAGUAACUACCUAUGUAUUAUUGAAUAUCUUAAAAUUUAUUGAUACGAAAGGUCAGUUAUGGCAAGGGCCAAUAAACCAACCUAUAAAUUUCCCGAUUAUAUUAUUCCUGACAGAUCACUAAAUUAUUUCCAAAGUUAUGCAAAAUGUAAAUAUCUAAUGAUUCAACAGUUUUUUUUACUAAAGGAUGCGUAACCGACAUCUUUCAUCUACUUUUUUAGAGUACCUCUAGGUAGGUACCUAUUUACCUAUGUGAAAUGUGAAUUUAUUUUAGUUAUGUUUUUAUUUUUAUUACAUAAGUUGAAUUAAAUUUUCACCUCAGCAGCUCGAACAAGCCUACUUUCGUCACUCCAGGGAGUGACACAAAGUAGCUUUUUAAUAUAGUGAAGGCCAUGAAUACAGGAAUACAAACUUUACUUGAUGUUAAUUUUUUUAACCUUUUUAUAUGUUCUCACUACUGAGGUGAAAAGUUGUAUGUGUCACACGAGAGCAAAGUUAUAUUACAUCUCGUGUUUUUGAGUCCUCUCAAAAUCAACACUCGCAAGAAAAACUAACUUUCCUCUCUUGAUGUUGCACAAAUAACUAUUGUCUUAUAGUUUAUAAUUCCCGAAGACAUAAGUUAGCAUAGAGUGCUCACUCCAUACAAAGACAAAAAAACUAUUAAUGAGAAGUUUUAACACUUUUAACCGAGCUUUGCGAAAACUUAUUUAUAAUAAGAUUUAAGCUUAAUAAGUAUUAAGUUUUAAGCAAGUUUUAACCUUUUAGCAAUGCGUUUUACCACACCUGCCACACAACUAAAUAUUAUUAAGUAAAAAAACUCACGUAUGGAGUGAGCACUCUAAUGCUUACUUAUUUCUCUAUGGUUCUAUUAACCCUUGGAGUGGUAGGCCGUCGGCUCCCGACCGAUUGCGUCAUUUAAAUUUCAAAUUUGAUUAAUUGAAAUAAUAUCAAAAUUCCUACAACUCAGUAUGUCACUUGAAGAGUUAAGUUUUCCAGUGAUAUACGAAUUAUAUUAUACCUACUAAGGUAUAGUGAUACUAUUUGUUUUGUGAUAUAAAAAUAAAUUUUAAAGUUAAUAAAUAA